UGAUGUGAUUGAAAUAAGAUGUCAUCUACGUUUCUUCAGUGGCCAUGGUCUCGAUCGGAUGUAACGUCAUCCUGUCUGUGACGACUAUUGGGAUCUAAACCGUUAUCUGUGAACGUCUUUAUAAUUAUCAGAGAGCACAGAACAGCAGUAUUAAGUGUAACUCUGCAGCCGAGAAGUCGGCGAAAACACCUCACAAAUGGUUCCCGAUGAUUAGAUUUUAGAAAUAUAUCAUUUUGCAUAGAAGAAGAGAAAUCGAUUUAAGAAGAAGUAUUGCAAUGCAAUUUCAUGUUGACAGAGUGUCAUUGGUGGUUUGUAUAUUGGUCAUUGUGAACUGAUUGGGUCGUCCUCAAGGUAAUUUACUGCCUAAUCUGUGUCUUCUUACUUUGAUUGGUGGAAUGACGCGGUAAUCAGGACGGAUUGAACUGUUUACGUUAUAAAGCUACCGACUGCGGUUGACACAGAAAUAAUAGAAUGUGUAAAAUCUAAAUGAAGAAUAAUUAAACGCGUCCUACACGUAGACGUCAUCGGGCAGUGCAUUUAAUUAUCCAUUGAAGCACAGUCAGAUUGUUGUCACUCUUAUGGAGUAUAAAUUGACAGGGAGGUAAUAGAUGUCAUGCAGACGACGAACCGAAAAAGAUGUUAAUCCCUGAGACAAAACUCUCAUAAAACAGGAAUGUUGAUGGUUAUGAGAAACAUAUCGUUAAAACUAUAGUGGGAUUCACCGAUAUGGAUAUGACUUAUGUACCUAUCACCGGGAUUUGGCUUCGUGCAUUCACGCUGUGUUUGCUGUUGUUUAUUUCUACAGUGUCAUCAUGGACUACAUGUACAAAACCCAAAAAGGUAUAUAUUGUAAACGCCAAUGCAGACCAGCAGAGAGAAGGAACUACAAAAGCAGCAAUAGAAUGUUUUAAACGCAUGGAAACUGAAAUUCCGCCAAGUGAUGGUGUAUACUGCAAUACAACAUUCGGGGGAGGAAUGUGCUGGCCGUACGCACCUGCCAACUCCACCGUCAAUGUUGACUGUCCAGACUACAUUCAUGGAUUCGAUCUCCGAGGAAAGGCGCAGCGAUUUUGCACCAUUGAUGGAACAUGGGCCAUGCAUCCUACUCGUAAUAAGACAUUAACUAAUUACGACGGCUGCACAGACUACACCAAGGAGGACACGAAACUCGUACCAGUAUCGGCCUAUACCAGAACUCACGCCUACACAAUCAAGGUGUUGUAUGAGAUCGGGUAUGCCAUUUCUCUAUCGUCCUUGGUAUUGGCAGUUUUCCUCAUGCUGGUUUUCAGGAAGCUCCACUGUGACAGAAACACCAUACAUGUGAACCUGUUUGUGUCGUUCAUACUGAAAGCUAUCAUAUGCCUUGUAAAGGACCUGCAGUUCAUACCACAAGGUUACUCCGCUAUAGAAGACAACGAGAUCCAGUUUAUACCGAUAGGUCCGACAUGGCCCUGUAAGUUGGUCUACGCCAUAUUCCAUUAUAUGACCACGGCAAACUAUAUGUGGAUUCUCGUGGAGGGCCUCCACUUGCAUACACUCAUAUUCUUCGCCUUAUCACACAUGAAGAAACUGUUUAGACUCCAAAUUGUAUUUGGAUGGGUUGCUCCUUUUCCAUUCGUGUUAUGGUGGGUGAUCGUCCGAAUCCGCUAUGCAGAUAGCCUAUGUUGGAGCACUGACGAGCACGGUUAUCUGUGGAUAAUCCGGGGUCCCAUUGUUGUAUCCAUCUCAAUAAACUUGUUGUUUUUUAUAAACAUCAUCCGGGUCUUGUUUACAAAGCUUACAGCAACAAACAGAGCGGAUCCCAACAGAUACAGAAAGUUGGCAAGAUCGACACUGGUCCUUAUCCCGCUGUUCGGAGUCUACUACAUCGUCUUUGCUGCCGUUCCUGACUGUAUUAAUGACUACGCGUCGGUGGUCCUGAUGUACAUUGAAAUAUUCUGUAGCUCUUUCCAGGGCUUGAUUGUCGCUGUACUCUUCUGCUUUAUGAAUAACGAGGUACGUUCAGAGAUUGCCAAGGUCUGGAAACGACAUAUGCUUCGGCGACACAGCGCCAUAUCAUUCCGAUCAAACAGAACAAUUUCAACUGGUAGUUCGAUGUUUUUCCAAAGAGGAUCUCCAACCUCUACACGUCACAAUGAUACGAUCCGAGACAUGGACUCAUCUUUCUCCCCACCGCAUACAACAUCCACUCUUCUGCCAGUAACCAUGGAAAUUAAAAAUGGCGAUAUUUACUCCGUGGAUGCCAAUAACGAGAUCACAAUCACUGUGAAUGGAGCCCCCGUGAACACUGGAAUGUCCACUUCGGAAGAAAAUCUAAGUGAAACGAGUCGAAUGUUGUAAUUUUGAAGUAAUGAGUGCUGAUGUGGUUUUGAAUUUAAAAGGCCACUAUUCAUUGGUCCAAUGUACCGAAAUAGAGAGUAUAUUUUGGAAUAACGAGUAAGAUUUAUGUUUGUAAUAUUAUCAUAUUGAAUGGAGAAUUUUGUGAAAAAAAUUGUCUAUCAUACAUCUUUCAUUGGUUUAUUUCCUUAAU